AGUAAAUGUAUGUUGAUUCUCAAUGCAUGGGUCACUCAAGUGUGUAUAACAACUAUUUAAGCAGAGCUAUACAAGUAAUCACACUGUGUGAUUGAAUUAAAAUAAUAUUCUCUGUACUCGGACAAAUGGAGGGAGGAAAAUGUUCAUUGCACUGUAUGCAAUUCUGGAUAUCAUUCUGCAACCAGAUCCUCACAAAGGUAAGCUGCAAAGUGAACCGCGUUCAUCUCGUGUCUGUCUGAGAACAGCGCGCAACCCAACGGGAGGCGCGAGAGCGCAACAGUUGAUGUGCGCGCAUGACGGGAACGCGCUAUUCUGUUGGAAAAUCGUAGAGCACAAACUUUGCGCUCAGUCUCAGUGCACGGACUUGGAGUUCCGCUCAGGAAGGAGUGAUUUCACUUCAUGUGUUUCUGGUAUUGCACUGGACGCAUCAAAGAUGCGCGCACUCCUCGGGCGUUUGGAGACUCCAACUGGAUGAUGAUUCCGCCGCGCGCUGAAGUUAAUGCAGCCCUAAAGGGAUGAAAGCUCUGCUGUCAUCAUCGCCAGCGGGAAUAGGUUCACAUGAUGACUUCAGACCUGUUGCUGGUUCUCCAGAAGUCCUCGAUCUGACAAUGGUUAACUGCUUCAAUUCCUCUAGCUCCAACAGCACGACCCUCAGCUCGGAUGGGGCUCCGUUCCCAGGGUACACGAUGGUCAUUCUGGCGAUCCUCAUGAUAACUCUGGUGGUCGUGGUGGUGGUCGGGAACGCGCUGGUUAUUCUCGCGUUCGUCGUGGACAAGAGCCUCAGAAAUCAGUGCAAUUACUUCUUCCUUAAUUUGGCUAUAUCAGACUUCCUUGUUGGGGCCUUUUGCAUCCCGGUCUACAUGCCCUAUAUCUUGACGGGCAGGUGGAUGCUGGGCCGUGGACUGUGUAAGCUGUGGCUUGUGAUGGACUACUUGUUGUGUACGGCUUCCGUCUUCAAUAUCGUCUUAAUCAGCUAUGAUCGCUUCUUGUCCGUUACCCGAGCUGUGAGGUACCGGGCCCAGCAGGGCGUCACUCGUCUGGCAGUGGUCAAGAUGUUGGCGGUGUGGGUUUUGGCAUUCCUCCUCUACGGACCAGCCAUCAUCUUCUGGGAACUAAUGGUUGGAGAAAGCAUCGUUCCGGAGGACGAAUGUUUCGCCGAGUUCUACUGCACCUGGUACUUUCUGCUCUCCGCGUCGACCUUCGAGUUCUUCUCUCCAUUCAUCUCCGUGGCCUUCUUCAACUUCAGCAUCUAUCUCAACAUCCAGCGGCGGAACCGGAGUCGCAUGGCGCAUGUGGAGGCCGAGAAGGAGGACGGCUGGAGGGUCAUCGAUGGACAGGCAUCGUCCGUUUUCUUCGUCAAAACGCGCAAGGUGUCUUCUAGUGAGCCAGCGACCGUUUCGGCCGUGAUUAAAGAUGAGAAUGAGGUUUCGCCGUCGUCCAGCGGUGAUCCCAGCAGCACCCACUCUGUGUCUUUGACAAUGGAGACAACCAUUAAGAAGCGAGGGUUGCUCAGCAGAUGGUUAAGGACGCGAAUAAUACGAGCGCAGGAGGCAUCAAAUCCGUGCGCACCAUGCAGAAGCGGAGGACAAGCGCGUCUCUUGAGAGAUAAGAAGAUUGCCAAGUCCUUGGCAGUCAUAGUGUGCGUUUUUGGGGUGUGUUGGGCACCGUACACCCUUCUUAUGAUCAUACGGGCGGCCUGCAGCGGUAGCUGUGUGGAACAUCAUUGGUACGAAGUCACUUUUUGGCUCCUUUGGCUCAAUUCAGCCAUCAACCCUUUCCUCUACCCUCUUUGCCACAGCAGCUUUCGCCGGGCCUUCGCCAAGAUUUUGUGCCCCAAGCGGCAGUCUGUUCGGCCACACGAGGAAAGCCCUUCCUGCCAGUGACAAUAUGACAGCAGCUAAAGGGAUUUUAUUCUUUCACACUGAAUAUUGAAGGAUGAAAUAAAAGCACCAAGGCAAGAAAGCGAAACAUUUCCACACAAGCGAAUUCUGUAAUGGAAAUCCAUGUCAUUACUUGAUGCAUGUUUUAUUCUUCUUUGAUGAAACUUCCCAAAAUAAGAUUCUUUAUGAAGAUUUGACCUUUUAUCGAUGGAUAUAAACAGUGCAACUAACAUUGCUGUUGUUAUUUGUCUAUCUUUUGUCUUGCAGUAACAUAGGAAUGGAGUUGUUUCACUCUUGUUAGCUAAUAUAAGUUGCAUGUUCUUGGACAUCUGUUGUGAAAAAGUAAUGCAGCUUGUGUUGACAUCACCCAUAUCAACAUUAUUGAUUGAACGGACAUUCUUCUCCAUGGACACAGUUCAGUGAUGAAGAGUUGAUCUGUGAGACGGCAUUACAACUCAAACGAGAAAGGAAAAAUAUUAAGUGUUUUCUACCAUUAAAAUCAUGAGCUUCACAGUGACUCUGUUCAGAGUUCAGACUCUGAAAUCAAUAUCACCUGCUAUGAACAAGAUUGAAACUAAUAAUGUUGUUGAAUGGAAGUUUUGUGAAAUGUGAAUUAAGUUCUCAUCGUUUUUAUAAGCUGAUAAUCUUGAAAAUGUCAAUCAAUUCUUAUAUGAAAGAAUUGGAAUGUAGCAACUGUGUCAUGUGGACAAUUUAUAUGGUGCUUUUUUGUUGUUGUUGGUCAUCAGCACUGAUCCCGUUCUUUCAAGUGCUCUUUGGAUUUCAACGUCUUUCUUUUUGUGUUUUACAUAGGAAAUUGAGUCAUACAGCUUUGGAAGGACAAACAGUUUUACAUUUGGGGCAUACCUCUUUAAGAAGGUAAUUUGUUUAUUCUUGACUAGAUUCAUGGUUACAGUGUCAUUGUCGACAACACUGAAAUCUUUAAAAUGGCAUUAUGAGUAUAACUGUAUAACUUAGAAUGUUUUAAAACUUGUUUACAAAAAUGUUUUUUUGUUGUUUUUUGGGGGGAGGGCUUAUAAAAUCAAUGCACAAAUAUCUUGUGGUUUUGUACAUGCCAAGUUUUGGAGCAGUCAGACUGUGCAUUCAAUUCCAAUGUCGUCAAGAGACUUUCUAAAUUAUGUUCUUUAUGGAUUUAACCAAGUUAUCCAACUGAGGCCAAUUUCAUAUUUGUAGUUAUGAUUCAGUGCCUCCCAAGAUCUUUGAGAUUAAUUUGACUGAAUUUGCUCAUAUCACAUGGAUAAUCUCCCAAAAGCUCUAGACAAUGUUUAACAAGAUCCAAAUGCACGGUUUUUGUUUCCCCCCAGAACAGGUAACAGAAUGAUCUUUUAUUUGAUAUUCAAACCAUAUUGGUCAAUGAAUAUAGUCUGAAUUAAAAAGGCCCAAAACACCUAGCAAUCACAAUAGUAUUUUGCAUACACCUCUAAAAGCUCAGGUCUUAUCUCUGGAGCAGUCGCCACACUUCUGCAGCUCUGAUCUGCUUUUUGCUUCAGUGAAUUAGUAAUUUUUUUAUCCAGAUGGCUUUGAGUGCACUUGAUUUAUCAGUGCUGUUUGGAGCUCAAGUUAAUUAAACCCCAAUAACAAGCAUCCUCAUCAGAUCCUUGAAUUUGAAAAUCUUGAAUCUCUUAACCAGGUGAUGCUGUUGCACUAAAUGGUGUCUAUGUAAAGUUAAUGAGUGGACAGACAUGGUUGUUUACAUGAUCAAUUGUUCGAGCAUUUAGAAAGCAGCGUUUGAAGUGACUUCUUGAUAUUUUCUACUUGAGAGUUCAAGAAAAGAUGUGGUUUAAUGUAUUACUAUUGCAUGUUCCUUUUGUGGCUGUGCAGCAAAUAGAAAAGCAGAAAAAUGUCACAACAGUCGGGGAGCGGCAAUGUUGGUUUUAGAUUAUUAGGCAUUGUGUAUAUGCACACAAUUUUUUCUCAAAAACUAUCAAAGAAAACUGCUGGGAACCAUCGAAACAGAUCAGCAUGAACCUUGCCUCUAAGCAUCCCAUUGCUUAGGGAUGAUAACCUCCCACAUAAAUGUGUGGAUGUCAGGCUGUCCUGAAUUUACGCUGAUGGAAUAAGACACACAGAAAUACAUUUGUGGCCAAACUCCUUUGAAGAUGUUCCACUGAAUUGCGGAAGUCUGACUGACUCAAGCUGUUAGCAAGAACCAAGCUCAAGGGUUUAACAGUACAAUGCAAUGUUGGGGACAAGUUUGAUCAGGGGGCUUAUAUCAUAAUUAACGCCCUUACAACUAUAAGAAGGUAAUUUACUUCACUGAAAAGACCAGCUUAGACCACUGCUUUUUAGGGAUGCAGGCUGGUUUAUGCUAGUUUGGUGCUGGUCUAGGUAUUGGAGCAACUGGAUCAACCAUGUUGAUCACCUACAAAACUCAUGUGAAACAUACCAGCAUGGUCUUUCUGAUUAAGCUGAUUGGCCAUGGUAGUUUUGUUGGCUAUGCUAGUUCUGGCACAUGUUAAUUCCA